AGAGAACUACAACUCCCAACACCAAGCUAAAUCUCCCGUCCAUCCAGUGGGCGUUGACGCAAUGGUGGCGUCGGUGGGACAUUGAAUGACUUUGGCUCCACCACGAAGACAGCUAACGUUAGGUUUUAUCAUUUUAUUCACAAACCGUGAACAUGGAGGCUCUCAUCCCCGUGAUAAACAAGCUGCAGGAUGUGUUCAACACUGUGGGUUCGGAUAUCAUUCAGCUGCCGCAGAUAGCAGUAGUGGGGACUCAGAGCAGUGGGAAGAGCUCCGUGCUGGAAAGCCUGGUGGGCAGGGACCUGCUGCCCCGUGGGACUGGUGUCGUAACCAGGCGACCUCUCAUCCUCCAACUGGUCCAUGUAGAACCUGGAGAUGCAAAGAAAAACGAUGAUGGUGGCAGAGAUGGUGAAGACUGGGGCAAGUUUUUGCAUACAAAAAAUCAGAUCUUCACAGAUUUUGAAGAAAUCAGACAAGAAAUAGAAAAUGAAACGGAGCGGAUAUCCGGGAAUAAUAAGGGGAUCAGCGACGAUCCCAUUCAUCUGAAGAUAUUUUCUCCAAACGUUGUCAACCUCACGCUGGUGGAUCUGCCUGGAAUCACUAAGGUGCCCGUGGGUGAUCAACCCAACGACAUCGAGGUUCAGAUAAAGGAUCUAAUCGUGAAGCACAUCUCGAACCCCAACUGCAUCAUCCUGGCUGUCAGCGCGGCUAACACGGACAUGGCCACCUCGGAGGCGCUCAAGGUGGCCCGGGAGGUCGACCCCGACGGCAGGAGGACACUGGCUGUGGUCACCAAGCUGGACCUGAUGGACGCCGGCACUGAUGCGAUGGACGUGCUCAUGGGCAGAGUCAUUCCUGUCAAACUCGGCCUCAUCGGAGUCGUCAACAGGAGCCAGCUGGACAUCAACAAUAAAAAGUCUGUGGCCGAUGCCGUUCGAGACGAACAUGCGUUCCUGCAGAAGAAAUAUCCGUCUCUUGCCAACAGAAACGGAACCAAAUACCUGGCCCGGACCCUCAACAGGCUGCUGAUGCAUCACAUCAGAGAGUGCCUCCCCGAGCUGAAGACACGGAUCAACGUCCUGGCCUCCCAGUACCAGUCCCUGCUCAGCAGCUACGGUGAACCCGUGGAAGACCAGAGCGCCACUUUGCUCCAGCUCAUCACCAAGUUUGCCUCCGAGUACUGCAACACCAUCGAGGGCACGGCCAAAUACAUCGAGACGACAGAGCUGUGUGGCGGAGCCAGAAUUUGUUACAUAUUCCAUGAGACUUUUGGCAGAACAUUGGAGUCGGUGGACCCUCUGGGGGGACUCAGCACCAUCGACAUCCUCACAGCCAUAAGAAACGCAACAGGCCCGCGUCCGUCCCUGUUUGUGCCUGAGGUUUCCUUCGAGCUGCUGGUGAAGAAGCAGGUGAAACGCCUCGAGGAGCCCAGUCUGCGCUGCGUGGAGCUGGUCCACGAGGAGAUGCAGAGGAUCAUCCAGCACUGCAGCAACUACAGCACACAGGAGCUGCAGAGAUUCCCUAAGCUGCACGAGGCCAUUGUGGAAGUAGUCACCUCCCUCUUGAGGAAGAGACUGCCGAUCACCAAUGAAAUGGUGCAUAACUUGGUUGCGAUCGAGCUGGCCUACAUCAACACCAAACAUCCAGACUUUGCAGACGCCGUCGGGGUCAUGAAUAACAACAUAGAGGAGCAGAGGAGGAACCGAAUGAGGGAGCUGCCCGCCGCAGUGCCCCGGGACAAGUCUAUUGGCGCGGGCCCGACUGGGCUUUGUGGCGAGCCUUCUGCGUCUGGAGCAGAGCUGGACGGUGCCAAGGCCCCAGCAGCCGGGCCCCAGGGGGAGCAGGAUGGCACGGGGAACUGGAGGGGGAUGCUGAGGAAAGGAGAGGAAGCCAACGGCUCCAGACCGGGAAGCCCAUUCCAAGGAGCUGUGAACCUCCUCGACGUGCCUGUGCCGGUUGCCAGGAAGUUGUCGUCACGUGAGCAGCGGGACUGUGAUGUCAUCGAGCGCCUCAUCAAGUCUUACUUCCUCAUCGUCCGUAAGAACAUCCAGGACAGCGUACCGAAGGCAGUGAUGCACUUCCUGGUCAACCACUUGAAGGACAGCCUCCAGAGCGAGCUCGUUGGCCAGCUGUAUAAAUCUGGCCUCCUCAGCAAUCUGCUGACUGAAUCGGAGGACAUGGCCCAGCGGCGCAUGGAGGCCGCCGACAUGAUGCAGGCUUUGCAGAAAGCGAGCCAGGUGAUCGCCGAGAUCAGGGAAACGCACAUGUGGUGAAGGAGCCGAGCCCGACCUCGUCACGCUAAAUGGACGGCGCUCACAUUCACGUCGGAACAGGAGGUUUGGCUUUGCAAGCCAGGAAAUGCACUUGUUCUAAUCGCUGCUUAAAGUUGGCUAAGAAGCGCAAGUUAAUUGUUUAUUUAAAAAUACUUGGUGUCGUAUAGCGCAUAUGGAAAUGCACCGCCUCUAAAGAUGUGAUUUUAGAAGCUGCUGUUGCCGCCCGCGGCUCCUGGAGGGAUGGAGAGAGCAGCCAGAAGUAAACUACUUUACAUUUGACAGACUGAGGUUAACCGGCAGGGAAAUGGACUGUUGUGUGAGGUGGAAAUGAAAGUUUGAAUGCCAUCUUGGCAGCUCCACAAAGCACUAAUGUUUGGGCUUCAAGUUCUCGCCUCCCGUUUCAUUUAGCAGUGGCUGUCAUGUGUCCAACUCUAAAACCCAGCUGUGCAGCAAUAGAGCAGAAAUCGGUGAAAUGUAAAUACAUGAGUUGCAGCAAAUGUUAGUUCUCCUGUGUGUACAUACUUAAUCGCUUUAUUUUUUGCACCAUUGUCACCAUACUGUAUAGAAAGUCUAUUAUACGGACACUAUAUUGCCAUGAGAAUUUAUUUAUUAAUGUAUCAUUAAAUGUACGGCUAAGGCCGAGCACUGAGUUGUUUAUGUUUACAUAUCACUGCCUGUGUGAAUUUCAUUGUGCACUGUGAUUGUGGUUUCCAGAAGAAUAAAUACAAGUAUUUUAAUGCCA